AUGUCCACUCCCCCAGCCACCGUGGACGAUCCCUACACGUAUGAGGAAGAUGACAGCUCGAUCACACCAGAGGAUUGCUGGACGGUGAUCUCGUCCUUCUUCCAGGAAAAGGGCUUGGUCUCACAACAGUUGGACUCCUUCGAUGAGUUCAUCGAAUCGACCAUCCAGGAGCUUGUAUGGGAAGACUCGCACUUGAUUUUGGAUCAGCCGGCUCAGCAUACAUCCGAGGACCAGUAUGAGAACAAGCGGUACGAAAUCACUUUUGGUAAGAUUUAUAUCUCGAAGCCAACCCAGACGGAAGGCGACGGUACCACCCACCCUAUGUUUCCACAGGAGGCCCGUUUACGUAAUCUCACGUAUUCUUCUCCUUUGUAUGUGGACAUGACGAAGAAAAAGUUUAAGUCUGACGACAGAAUUAAACGGGGCACUGAACUUGAGUGGAUUGAAGAGAAGGUGGAAAAUGAGGAUGCGCUGACCAAGGUUUUUUUGGGUAAAGUCCCGAUCAUGUUGCGGUCGAAAUUCUGUAUGUUACGUGACUUGGGAGAGCACGAGUUUUAUGAGUUGAAGGAGUGUCCCUACGAUAUGGGUGGUUAUUUUGUCAUUAAUGGUUCAGAGAAAGUUUUGAUUGCUCAGGAAAGAUCAGCAGCUAAUAUCGUGCAGGUUUUUAAGAAGGCGGCUCCUUCACCCAUCUCUCACGUCGCAGAAAUCAGAUCAGCUUUGGAGAAGGGCUCCAGGUUGAUCUCUUCUAUGCAAAUUAAGCUUUACGGCAGAGACGAUAAGGGCACCUCAGGAAGAACUAUAAAGGCCACUCUCCCUUACAUAAAAGAAGAUAUCCCUAUUGUCAUUGUCUUCAGAGCGCUUGGUGUUGUCCCUGACGGUGAUAUCUUGGAACACAUCUGCUAUGAUGCUAAUGACUGGCAAAUGUUGGAGAUGUUGAAGCCAUGUGUUGAGGAGGGUUUCGUCAUUCAGGAAAGAGAAGUGGCACUCGAUUUCAUCGGAAGAAGAGGUGUGUUGGGUAUUCGUAGAGAAAAGCGUAUCCAGUAUGCCAAAGAUAUUCUUCAAAAGGAGCUUCUACCAAAUAUCACCCAGGAGGCUGGUUUCGAGUCCAAAAAGGCUUUCUUCUUGGGUUACAUGGUAAACAGAUUGUUGUUGUGUGCUUUGGAGAGAAAAGAGCCCGACGAUAGAGAUCACUUUGGUAAAAAGAGAUUGGACUUGGCUGGUCCUUUGUUGGCCGGUUUGUUCCGUAUUCUUUUUAAGAAGUUGACAAGGGAUAUCUACAACUACAUGCAGAGAUGUGUCGAGAACGACAAGGAGUUCAACCUCACUCUCGCUGUGAAAUCGCAAACAAUUACUGAUGGAUUGCGUUACUCGUUGGCCACUGGUAACUGGGGUGAACAGAAAAAGGCUAUGAGUGCUCGUGCUGGUGUCUCUCAAGUGUUGAACCGUUAUACCUACUCAUCGACAUUGUCUCACUUGAGAAGAACCAACACGCCAAUCGGUAGAGACGGUAAGAUUGCCAAACCAAGACAGUUGCAUAAUACCCAUUGGGGUCUUGUUUGUCCCGCAGAAACUCCAGAGGGUCAAGCGUGUGGUUUGGUGAAGAACUUGUCCUUGAUGACAUGUAUCUCUGUCGGAACCGCAUCAGAACCUAUUUUAUAUUUCUUGGAAGAAUGGGGUAUGGAACCAUUGGAAGACUAUGUUCCUUCGAAUUCUCCUGAUUGCACAAGGGUCUUUGUCAACGGUGUUUGGGUCGGUACUCAUAGAGAGCCAGCACAGUUGGUCGACACGAUGAGAAGAUUGAGAAGACGUGGUGAUAUCGCUCCUGAAGUCUCUAUCAUCAGAGAUAUUAGAGAGAGAGAGUUCAAGAUUUUCACUGACGCUGGCCGUGUCUACAGACCAUUGUUCAUUGUCGAUGACGAUCCUGAGUCCGAAACCAAGGGUGAACUUGUAUUGCAGAAGGAGCAUAUUCAUAAGUUGAUGAAUUCUGAAUAUGAUGAGUAUGAUGAUGACCCUCUGGCAUCUCACUACACCUGGUCUUCCUUGGUGAAUGACGGUGUGGUGGAAUAUGUUGAUGCAGAGGAAGAGGAAACUAUAAUGAUCGCGAUGACCCCAGAAGACUUGGAGGCUUCCAAGAGCUCUUUGUCGGAAACACAGCAGAAAAGCUUGCAAAUGGAGGAGCAGGAUCUCGAUCCAGCAAAGAGAAUUAAGCCAACAUACGUUUCAUCUACGCAUACUUUUACACAUUGCGAGAUUCAUCCUUCCAUGAUUCUUGGUGUUGCAGCUUCUAUCAUUCCUUUCCCAGAUCACAAUCAAUCUCCACGUAACACAUACCAAUCUGCUAUGGGUAAGCAAGCUAUGGGUGUUUUCUUGACUAAUUAUGCCGUCAGAAUGGACACGAUGGCUAACAUUCUUUACUACCCACAGAAGCCACUCGCAACCACGCGUGCUAUGGAGUUCUUGAAAUUCCGUGAGUUGCCUGCUGGUCAAAAUGCAAUUGUUGCUAUCGCAUGUUAUUCUGGUUACAACCAGGAAGAUUCUAUGAUCAUGAACCAAUCUUCUAUCGACAGAGGUCUUUUCAGAUCCUUGUUUUUCAGAUCCUACAUGGAUUUGGAAAAGAGGCAAGGUAUGAAAGCUUUGGAGACUUUUGAGAAGCCGUCCAGGUCAGACACUUUGAGAUUGAAGCAUGGCACAUACGAAAAAUUAGAUGAUGAUGGUUUAAUCGCCCCAGGUGUCAGAGUCAGUGGAGAAGACAUCAUCAUCGGAAAGACUACCCCUAUUCCCCCUGAUACAGAGGAGUUGGGUCAGAGAACACAAUAUCACACCAAGAGGGAUGCAUCUACUCCAUUGAGAAGUACUGAAUCGGGUAUUGUUGACCAGGUCAUGUUGACCACAAACGGUGAUGGCGCCAAGUUUGUCAAGGUUAGAAUGAGAACAACCAAGAUUCCUCAGAUUGGUGAUAAGUUCGCAUCUCGUCACGGUCAAAAGGGUACUAUUGGUGUCACCUACAGACACGAAGACAUGCCAUUCAGUGCACAAGGAAUUGUUCCAGAUUUGAUCAUCAACCCACACGCUAUUCCAUCCCGAAUGACAGUCGCCCACUUGAUUGAAUGUUUAUUGUCAAAGGUUUCUUCGUUGUCCGGAUUGGAGGGUGAUGCAUCUCCCUUCACUGAUGUCACAGCUGAGGCCAUCUCCAAGUUGUUAAGAGAGCACGGCUACCAGUCGAGAGGUUUUGAAGUAAUGUAUAAUGGUCACACAGGUAAGAAGUUAAUGGCGCAGAUCUUCUUUGGUCCAACCUAUUACCAAAGAUUGAGACAUAUGGUUGACGACAAGAUCCACGCCAGAGCCAGAGGCCCGGUGCAAGUCUUGACCAGACAACCAGUGGAGGGUAGAUCGAGAGAUGGUGGUUUGCGUUUUGGAGAGAUGGAGAGAGAUUGUAUGAUUGCACACGGUGCGGCUGGUUUCUUGAAAGAGAGGUUGAUGGAGGCCUCGGAUGCCUUCAGAGUGCAUGUUUGUGGUAUUUGUGGUUUGAUGUCUGUUAUUGCCAACUUGAAGAAGAACCAAUUCGAGUGCCGUUCGUGCAAGAACAAGACGAACAUUUACCAGAUCCACAUUCCGUACGCUGCCAAGUUAUUGUUUCAGGAGUUGAUGGCAAUGAACAUCUCCCCAAGAUUAUACACGGAGAGUUCUGGCGUGAGCGUGAGAGUGUAA